AUGACACGUUCAUUAUCAACAAAAGAUGAACUAGACAAUUUAAAUGAUAUUCAACUUCCCGAUUUAUCGGCACUUAAAGACGAUGAGAAACAACAUAUACUAAAAGUAUUGUAUCGAGACGAACAAUUACGUUCACAACAUCUAGCACGAUUUUUACAACUUCGGAAGGAAGUAGAAGAAUUAGAAGCAAUUCCACAAGCAAAUGGAACAGAUCAGUGUGCUCGAUGUCAAACUCCAUUCGGUUUUGUCUUUAAUACUGGCGAUAAUUGUCCAAAAUGUGGUGCUAAAGUUUGUAAACAGUGCAGAUUAAUUUAUAAUGUAAAUGAUUCAGGAUGGUUAUGUCAAUUAUGUUGCAAACAAAUUUCAACUAUCUUAGAAGUUCGUCUUAAUUUGAAACGUUAUCGUAUACCACCGAUAAAAAAUAUUUAA